CUUCGGUACCACAAACAAAUACCAAUUGAGCGAAGGUUGUAGGGCUACGCCGGAUGAAAGAUGGUAACGUAUCGUUUGCAACGAUUCCCCAACGUGUGCGCCCACUGUUUGCGGCCAAAUCUUAAUUCUGGAGCACGAUUUACCUCCAUUCGUGAGCACGUGACCAAACUUGAUGGUACGGUCGAACAACGUUUCGAUGAAGUGAUCGGUCUGUGCCAGGACCAAUCAAAGAAUAUUGCACCGGAUCAUCUCGAACGCUUGCUACCGGCUAGUGUCUGCGCUGAGUGUGUUGAAGCCCUCUUCAUCUUUCAUCAAUACCAGCGAAAGUUACGAUGCGUGAGGCGCUUCUGUGUUGGGCUGGCCGAACUGAAAUAUUCCAACUCCAGGCGGCUUGUGGAGCUGUUCGCGAACGAUGGCGAAUACCUACUGCAGGUGCUCCAAUCGUUAAACGUUUGUGGGAAACAAAUUAAAAAUGCCACGCUGGCCACCCUUCUCGAUGAGCUACCUUCGUUCGAGCUGUCCGCUAUGGAGGAUGACGAAGCCAAUGUAAAGGAUCAAUCACCGCUGCCCAUUCCCCAUAGGAUUGUUAAAGCAGAACCUGAACCGCUCUCAGGUGCGGAGGACGAUCGCAAUGAACGAUCCGAUCCGGAGGCACUGGUCAACAGCUAUCUUUCGCCAGCAGCAAAAACAAAAACCACCACUUCCGGUGUUCGAAAAACAACACGUCCCGCCCCGCUGGGAAAAAGAAAACGUGGUACACCCCUAGUGGGUAAAGAAUCGCUGGCGAGGGAAGUACCACGGGACGUUGACUACAUGAAGAAAAAAUGUAUUCCAAAGCGCAAACCAAUGGAGGAAGCAGUGAAGCAAGAGGCCGAGGCCGAAAUGCUCAAAUGCCCCUUCGAGAUGUGCGAGCAUAUGUUUCCGAAUGAGGGUACCCGCCGGCGACACAUCCAGAAUCAGCACCAACUGUACGAGUGCCAAAUAUGCGGCAACGAGCAGCCAUCGUUCGCACAGCAUAAGCGGCACAUGGAACGCCACCAGCAGAGCAACCCGCUGCAGUGUGUCUAUUGCCGGACGGCAUUCGAAGACCGGGACGAACUGGCUGAUCAUCUGAAAAAGGAGCACGUGCGCAACCCGGACAUCGAGUGGCAGUGCGAUGACUGUGGAAUGGUGUUCCGUGGGAACAAACAUGUCGCGCGCCACCGUCGAUUACAUCUGUCCGAUCGAAUGUUCGCUUGUCCUGAGUGCCCAAUGACGUUCAAAACAUUGUACCAUAUGCGGCGCCAUCACGAGAUCAUCCAUCAGGAUCUUCGCUAUCAGUGUACGUUCUGUGAUAAGGAUUACAGCCGCCGGGAUAUAUUGCGGGCCCAUCUGGAAGUGGCACAUAAUUUUCAAAGCUACUUCUACUGUUCCAUCUGCCUGGCGACAUUCGAAACGGACCAAGAUCUGCAACGGCACCAGCAGCGGCACAGAAAACCCCGCCCUUUGGAGUGUGGCACCUGUUUGCAGGAGUUUCUCAACGAACAGGAGUUGGCACAGCACUUGUGCAUCACGUACCGCGAAAGUUACGUGUGCUGUGGGAAGGACUUUCGCCAGCACAGACUUUACAACCACCACAUGCUGAUUCGCCACGGGAUGAAGGUGAACGUACGAGUACAACCGCCCGAAGGUGCACUGCUCAGUCAGUUUCGCGCCAUGAACAAGCCGCACCCGCACCAAUGUGAAAAUUGUGACGAAAGGUUCGAGAAGAAGGUGGCUCUUCGACAGCAUCUGCAGGUGUGCCGACAGGCAAACACAGGGAAUCCACUUGACAUGCUGAGUAUUGAGCUGCUUUGCGGAGAUGAGCAACCGGAAGGAAGCAUAGAACCAACGGUAAAGCUUGAGGACGUGACAUGAAGGAAGAAGCUUCUCAACCAGUUUGGCCAUUACCAUUAAGCUCAAUG